AUGCAGCAGCAGCAGCGAGGGCCGCCACCCAGCGUGCGAUGGCGCCGCCGAGGCUCCGCCGCAGCCAGCAUCGCAUGCCUCCUCGCCACCAUCGCGGUCGCCACCUACACGACCGGCGUCUUCCAUGUCGCGCUACCCACGCCCUCGAUCGACGAGCCGCGCAACCUGACGCUGGACCGCGUGCCUGCGGUGUGGCAACCCAGCGAGUUCGAGUGCGUCGCGUGGCGCGCCAUGAGCGACUGCGAUCCCGUGUCCGGACAGCGGCGUCCGUUAUCGGAUCAGUCCUGCGAUGCACCCAUCGUGACGGGCCUCGCAGGCUACUGCGAAGUGCGCAACCGGACGAGCGGCGACACGUACCGCGUCAUGGCCACGACGUGCCACAGCAUCGAGCGCGGCGUCAACUUUACGUGCAGCAUGGCGCGCGCGUUCACCGACUUUCGCCAUCGCGCUGCGGCGUACGAGCAUGCGCCAUCGAUUGCGGGCACGGCCAGCCGCGGCCUCGUCUUCGCCAUCUACCCGGCGGUCGUGCCCAGUGUGUCUGCCAUCAUCCAGCUCCUCCGGUCGUACGGCUGCCGCUUGCCGAUCGAGCUUUUCUACCGGCACGACGAGAUGGACCCUCGAAGAAACGCUGUGUUGCAGCGACUCGAACAGACCGACAAGGUCGUGCUGCGCGCGAUCACGGACCCGCGCGCGACCCGAUUUCGCACCAAGCCCUAUGCGCUCUACCACGCGUCGUUCGACCACGUCCUCUUGCUCGACUGCGACAACCUCCCGCUUCGCGACCCGACGUAUCUCUUCGAGUCGAGAGCGUUUGAAACGCACGGCGCGCUCUUUUGGCCCGACUACUGGCAGCCGUCCAACACGCUCUUCCACGUCGAUGGCGAGAGCCUUCUCUGGGAGUACCUCGGCGUGGCAUUUCCAACGGGCAUGUUUGAGCAAGAAAGCGGCCAAGUCCUUCUGAACCGCGCGACGUCCGUGCGAGCGCUGCAGUACCUCAUGGCGCUCACGUUCCACCCCAAUGUCCUCGACGACCUCAAGCUCGCGUACGGCGACAAGGACCUCUUCCGCCUCGCGUUCCUCGCGACGUCCACGCCGUUCCACUACAUUGCGGCGCUGCCAAUGAUCGUCGGCACGCAGCUGCCGUGGCGCGCGCAUUUCUGCGGCAUCGCGAUGGGGCAGCGCGACAUGCACGGCGACAUGAUAUUUCUGCACCGCAACAGCGCCAAGCUCAGCGGCGACGCGUACCAAGUGCCGCUCCUCACGCACCUGCAGCGCUUUGACCAAGGAAGGUCGAGCGCGACCAAGUACAAAGUCGCGUGGACCGGCGAUUUGGAGCCCGGCACACCGUGCUGGUCGCUGCCGUGGCUGCUCGCACCGUCGAGCGUCGAGGCGCUGUCACCGACGCACCCGGUGGUGCAGGCCGAGCGCAAGGCGAUUGCAUUUGCGGUGGCGGCCGGAAAUCUCCUCUUGGGCGCGCGCCAAGCUCCGAUCGCGGAUCGUCCGAUGACUGUAAAUGCGUGGACGUCGUGGCUCUUGGCGCUGGCCGCGCUGCUCUACGUCGUCUUCGCCAUGCGCCAGCUACCGUCCACGUGGCUGCAUGGCUCCAAGAAGAAGCGUAAGACGUCGUCGUUGGUCGUCAACGAUUGCGUCUAAAAACCCCGAUGGUCUAAUUUAGCAUGUUUUGAAACGCUC